CUCAAAUACUGCAUCGGAAAAGAACUCUCUAAGAUCCCCAUGCCGGUAAACUUUAAUGAACCCUUAUCCAUGCUUCAGCGCCUUACUGAAGAUUUGGAAUACCAUGAGCUGUUAGAUCGAGCUGCAAAAUGUGAGAACUCUCUAGAACAGCUCUGUUAUGUUGCAGCUUUCACCGUGUCUUCCUACUCCACUACUGUCUCCCGUACCAGCAAGCCAUUCAACCCACUCCUUGGGGAGACUUUUGAACUAGACCGAUUAGAAGAGAACGGGUUCCGAUCCAUCUGUGAGCAGGUGAGUCAUCAUCCCCCGGCUGCUGCACACCAUGCUGAGUCAAAAAAUGGCUGGACAUUGCGUCAGGAAAUUAAAAUCACCAGCAAGUUUCGAGGCAAAUACCUCUCCAUUAUGCCCCUUGGUACCAUCCACUGUAUUUUCAAGGAAACUGGCCACCACUACACUUGGAAGAAAGUUACCACAACGGUGCACAACAUUAUCGUGGGCAAGUUGUGGAUAGAUCAGUCUGGUGAAAUUGAUAUUAUAAAUCACAAGACAGGAGACAAGUGCAAUCUUAAAUUUGUUCCUUAUAGCUACUUUUCUCGGGAUGUAGCAAGAAAGGUGACAGGGGAAGUGACAGAUCCAUCAGGGAAGGUUCACUUUAUCCUGCUGGGGACGUGGGAUGAGAAAAUGGAUUGUUUCAAAGUCCAGCCUGUCGCUGGGGAAAAUGGGGGUGAUGCUCGACAGAGAAGCUGUGAAGCAGAGGAGAGCAGGGUCAUGCUGUGGAAAAGGAACCCCUUGCCGAAGAAUGCAGAAUACAUGUACUACUUCUCAGAGCUUGCUCUGACUCUCAAUGCCUGAGAAGCUGGCACUGCCCCCACAGACAGCCGAUUGCGGCCCGACCAGAGGCUGAUGGAAAAUGGGCGCUGGGAUGAAGCCAAUGCUGAGAAGCAGCGCCUGGAAGAAAAGCAGAGACUCUCCAGAAAGAAGAGAGAAGCAGAAGCUGUGAAAGCCACGGAGGAUGGCACACCCUACGAUCCCUACAAGGCACUGUGGUUUAAGCGGGAGAAGGACCCCAUUACCAAGGAGUUAACCCAUACUUACAGGGGAGGAUACUGGGAGUGUAAAGAAAAGCAGGAGUGGACCGCCUGCCCGGACAUCUUCUGAACUGACAGUAACGAAAAGGAGGAGCA